UCCGCCGAUCAUCUCUCUCCGUCUGUACCUCUAUUCCUGCUCCACUAGCCCAAUCAUGGACCUCGCAGCGAGGUGUGCGUUCCUGCUCUCCAGCUUCGCCGUGCUCGCAGCGCUCGAUCUGGACGCGAUUGAUCCCGGCUACUAUGUGGAGACCAGCAGCCCAUCAGAUGUGAUCGACUAUAAAGAUCCCUGCAAAGCUGUGGCUUAUCUUGGAGACAUUGCACUGGAUGAGGAAGAUAUGCGCAUGUUUAAAGUGGACCGCAUUGUGAAUUUAGCCCAGAGAACGGUCACAAUUCUGAAUCACACCGAUACGGGUUCACUUUCCAAUGAGAUGAGUCCAGACAAUACAGCAUCCAGUGUGGGAUCCCAUCGCAGGAAGAGGGCAGCAACGUCCAGACCUGAGAGGGUGUGGCCUGAGGGUGUCAUUCCUUAUGUCAUCAGUGGGAACUUCAGUGGUAGCCAGAGAGCCAUAUUCAGACAGGCUAUGAGACACUGGGAAAAACACACAUGUGUGACGUUCAUUGAGAGAACAACAGAGGAGAGCUACAUCGUCUUCACCUACCGGCCGUGUGGGUGCUGUUCGUAUGUUGGCCGGAGAGGAGGGGGUCCGCAGGCUAUAUCCAUCGGGAAGAACUGUGAUAAGUUUGGAAUUGUGGUGCAUGAGCUCGGUCACGUGAUCGGAUUCUGGCAUGAGCACACACGACCCGACAGAGACGAUCAUGUCAGUAUUAUACGGGACAACAUUCAGCCAGGACAGGAGUACAACUUCCUGAAGAUGGAGCCUGGUGAGGUGGACUCACUCGGAGAGGUCUAUGACUUCGACAGCAUCAUGCACUACGCAAGAAACACCUUUUCCAGAGGGAUAUUUUUGGACACCAUUCUGCCAAGAUAUGAUGUGAACGGAGUUCGGCCGCCCAUCGGUCAGAGGACCAGAUUGAGCAAAGGAGACAUCGCACAGGCACGCAAACUUUACAAGUGUCCAAGAUGUGGAGACAGUUUGCAGGAGAGUAGUGGGAACUUCUCUUCUCCUGGUUUUCCAAAUGGUUAUUCAGCAUAUAUGCACUGCAUAUGGAGAAUUUCAGUCACACCAGGAGAAAAGAUCAUUCUGAACUUUACAUCUAUGGAUUUAUACCGGAGCCAUUUGUGCUGGUAUGAUCAUGUGGAGAUCAGAGAUGGAUAUUGGAGGAAAGCACCAUUGAAAGGCCGAUUUUGUGGGGAUAAAUUACCUGAGCCGAUCAUCUCUACAGACAGUCGCCUGUGGAUUGAGUUCCGCAGUAGCAGCAACUGGGUGGGAAAGGGCUUCUCUGCUGUUUAUGAAGCUAUUUGCGGCGGGGAGGUGAAGAAAGACAAUGGUCAAAUUCAGUCUCCGAACUACCCAGAUGACUACAGACCUAACAAAGUGUGUGUGUGGAAGGUCACUGUGGCUCAGGGCUACCAUGUUGGCCUUACCUUCCAGUCUUUUGAGAUUGAGAGGCAUGAUAACUGCGCGUACGACUACCUGGAGGUUCGAGAUGGGAACUCAGAAAGCAGCCCGCUGUUGGGCAGAUUCUGUGGUUAUGACAAACCUGAUGAUAUUAAAUCCAGUUCUAACCAGCUCUGGAUGAAAUUUGUGUCUGACGGUUCGGUCAACAAAGCUGGAUUUGCUGCUAAUUUCUUCAAAGAAAUGGACGAGUGCUCCAGACCCGACAACGGUCGCUGUGAGCAACGCUGUGUCAACACGCUCGGUAGUUACAAGUGUGCCUGUGACCCUGGUUACGAACUGGCGGCGGACAAACGGAGUUGCGAGGCUGCCUGUGGUGGUUUCAUCACCAAGCUGAAUGGGUCCAUCACCAGUCCAGGCUGGCCCAAGGAGUAUCCGCCCAACAAGAACUGCAUCUGGCAGCUGGUGGCGCCCACGCAGUACCGCAUCACCCUGCUCUUUGACGUCUUCGAGACUGAGGGGAACGAUGUGUGCAAGUAUGACUUUGUUGAGGUGAGGAGCGGACUGUCGGCCGACUCCAGACUGCACGGGAAAUUCUGCGGAGCUGAGAAACCGGAGGCCAUCACCUCUCAGUACAACAACAUGCGCAUUGAGUUUAAAUCUGACAACACUGUCUCCAAGAAGGGCUUCAAGGCCCAGUUCUUCUCAGAUAAAGACGAGUGCUCUAAGGAGAACGGCGGAUGCCAGCAUGAAUGUGUGAACACCUUCGGCAGCUACAGUUGUCAGUGCAGAAGUGGCUUCGUACUUCAUGAGAAUAAACAUGACUGCAAGGAAGCCGGUUGUGAUCACGUUGUUAACAGUGUGAGUGGGACCAUCACCAGCCCCAACUGGCCAGAUAAAUACCCCAGUAAGAAGGCCUGCACCUGGGCCCUGUCCACCACUCCAGGACAUCGGAUCAAAAUAGCUUUCAAUGAAAUCGACAUGGAGCCUCAUCUGGAAUGUGCCUAUGACCACAUUGAGAUUUACGACGGUCGGGAUGGGAAAGCACCAAGCCUCGGACGCUACUGCGGCACCAAGAAACCUCAACCAAUCAUAUCCACUGGAAACAAGAUGUUCAUCCGCUUCUUCUCUGAUAACUCAGUGCAGAAGAAAGGCUUUGAGGCUUCUCAUACUGCAGAGUGUGGAGGCCGUCUGAAGGCGGAGGUGAAAACUAAAGACCUCUACUCUCAUGCCCAGUUUGGUGAUAAUAACUACCCCGGGGCGUCAGACUGUCAGUGGGUGAUCACAGCAGAGAAGGGCUACGGUGUGGAGCUCAUCUUCCAGACCUUCGAAAUUGAGGAGGAGGCCGACUGUGGCUAUGAUUACAUGGAGCUGUUUGAUGGGGCAGACACCAAAUCGCCCAGACUAGGCCGCUACUGUGGAUCAGGGCCUCCAGAGGAGAUCUAUUCCGCUGGCGACUCCAUCGUCAUCAAAUUCCGCUCGGACGACACCAUCAAUAAGAAGGGCUUCCACGUGCGUUACACCAGCACCAAGUUUCAGGACACACUCCACUCCCGUAAGAAGUGACCCCUAGUGGCCGGGAGGGGCCGUGCAGGGCCUAGGGGGAAGCGAAAGGGCCCCAGGGGGAGGGCCUCGCCCAUCGCUCGGAACCCCCCGGCCGCCAAGAACACCCAGACUCGACGGACCAGCCGCAAGAACGCCAACCGCACCUCAGUAGUUCACAGGGGUUCUGGCAUCCCCUACUGACUGUGAGGAGUAAAGCCAUUCCGCAGUAGACCUUGUUUUUACCUUUUUUUAAUUAUUACAUUGGGGGCAAGAUGUUGAGGGGGGAGGGGGGUGGAACGUAUUCAGUUGCUGGAUACCAAUAUAGGGGCGAAAUCGAAAGGGAUUAUUGUACGGGAGGGUGGGCGUAGUUGAUCGGCUACCGGAACCCCCCUUUUUUUCAUCUUUCAUGAGCCAAGAGUGCGUUUGAAAAACACAAAUACACUGAGGAACUCCUGCAGGAGAACCGAGCAGUCAACCAAACCAGUCAUCUGUGCAACAGUGGGAUAGAGGAAGUGAGAAAUGAGUGGAGCAGGGCAUUCGGGACGGGGUUUCCAACCUUGAAACGUGAGAUUUACCGCUGCACUGUGGGGAAACAACCGUCUCUUCUUGACAUUAUUGGCAUUGCUUGUUCAUAAAGAGUCUUGUUGGCCAUUGUGGGCCGGUUUCUUUGUCGUUACUUGAGCAAAUGACACUGUAUGUCAAAGAGUUGCAUGUGGUACAGCUAGAAGGAAAUGUGGAUGUGAUGGCACCAGCAUUUGUAAUAACUCGCUUUUUCCUGGCCAGUAGUCCAGAAGGUUCCCUGCCCGAUUUUAUCACUCUCCAGGAGGUUUUCCAAGAACAGUUAUCAUAUUAAAAGACUAAUAAACGAAACGUGGCCCAUGUCUGAUGGCUGUUAAUUGCUUUUGCAUAAAAACAGAAUGGUGGAAAAUUCAAAAUUUGGUUCAGUUGUCCUUAGUUUAAGCACACAUCUUUUCAAAGGUCCUGAUAAUAUGCUUCUGUCCUCGUAACGCUCAUUCUGUGCUUUGCCAAUCGUGAACAAAUUAGGCACAAUCACAUGACAAUUGGUGGGCACUCUUGUGUCACGACGCCCCGACGCUGUUUUCUAGCCUUUUUCCUCUUUCUCAGGCUCUUUCCUUGCAGACCGAAAUUUCACAAUUCUUAUUUUCGUAACAAAUGUCAUAGUAUGAAAGCUGCGUGUAUGGACCUUAGUCAGGGAAGACUUCUAAAACUUGAAAAUAGAUGUGAUCUCUGACUUUAAAGAGGUAGUUCAGAUUCUGUCCUCGUAUCAUACAUCUUGUAUGACGUUCUUUCUUCUGUGAAGCCAUUUGGACGAACUGCUUUGUCCGUAUAAUGAAAGUCACAGCAUUGAAUGUUUGGAAUGACAUGAGGGUGAGUAAAUGAUUUUUAGACAGUAAAAAACUAUUGAGCAAGUGUCCCUCACAGAUUCGUUUUCGUUCACGUCAGAUUAAAUGUGGCGUCUACUCCGACUAAGGUCCGUUGUCUGUGCAGCAAUACGAUGUUGAGUUAAAACCUGAAAGAAUUGUCCUUUUUAGCAGUCUUAAGGUGCCCUAUUGCUAGAUAGAUGUUUCUCUUACAUCGUUGGCUAUGGGAAAAACUGUUAAAACUGUUGUAAAAUGUAAAUUUGUACCAAUAACGUACCUCAGCGUGUGGGAGAGUGGUGGGAUGGUGCUAUUUCAAAUGAGCCCUGCAGCCCCGGUCAUGUCGGUCACCUAUUGAUCUCCACUGACGUCCGAUGUCAGUUGGGAAAAGAGGACGUUAGAUGUCAAGUCUGUGCGGAAUAGUGCCGAAUAGUCUGGUCCCCAGGGUUGAUUUUUUUUUUUUUUUUUUUUUUGAUCUGAAGUGUUCCCGCAAGUAUGCAGUCGACAUCACUGCUCCCUACCUCUCCCUCUCUCUCCCGCAGAGCUCCUUCAAAGGCUGUUGACUUUGUCUCCUCCGUCUCAACAGCUCUUUUCAUCAUAUGAUAUCAUUUCACACCUGUUUGCCUUUGUGGAUUUACCUAAAGCGCUUUUAAAUCUCAGGUUCAGGAUAUCUGAUUGUUGUUCCCCAACCCAAUCAUUUCAAGACACUAGAUUUCAGUCGUUUCAGGACUCGGUUACCGUUCGACUCGGGUGUGUGAAAUCCAGGAAGGCAAAUGAUGAGGAUUAUGGUUUUUAGAGGAAACAUUUCGGGGUUUUAAAAGGUUUUAGACGUUUCUGCCAAUGCCUUCCAUUUGAACUUUGAAUCGGUUCACCUCAAGCCACGUGUUCACCUCAAGCCUCUCGAUAUACGUUCUUGCAAGCUAAGGAUGGUUACGCUUAUGCUCAAGAUCAACUAACUUAUAUCCUAGUUCUUCAAAUGGAUUUUAUUUUGUGUGUCCAAGAGAACGUCUAUACCCAAUUUCGCAUCUCUGUAUUUGAAUAUGCUUCCUAGCAUAGCUUUGUAGAGUAGUGGAGCACUUGUACAUUUUGCUAAGCAAAUCACAUUCUCCUAAGCAUUAUUAAUGUUUUAAAUGCCCAUGUUAUUUCCUGUUAGAAAUAGUGUUUUGUGGCCGAACGCGGGCUUCAAAUGAUCUGUUUUAUCAUGAAAUGUUACCUCAGCAUAAUAGUGUAUGCUUGAUCUGUUCACCCUGACCGGCCUUCCCACACAAGACUUGGUACAUGUUUAUGCAUUUUAUCAUAUGUAUGUAUGUAAAUAUGUAUUAAUGUAUUCAAAGUACACUAAACCAUAGAUAACUUGAUGAGAAGUAAGGCUAUGUGUAAUUGCAGACAAAAGAUGCAAUUUAUUUAUAUUGUAUAGCUAAUUUUCACCUAUGUAUUGCACAUAGUGUUAACAAGUGCAUCUAUUUCAUAAAAUGUUAUUUUCAUUUUGAAAUGCUUCAUGUCACAUUUUGUCUUGUAGACUCAGGAAUUGUGGAUUGACCGUUUAAUUAACUGAAUAAAAGCCCAAAUAUACCGAUUAAAUCACAGUAGUUAGCGCUAUGUAAGAAAGCAAAUUAAAGGAAAACACUAGGCUAAGCACUCUAUUGUAAUUUUGAAUGCGUUCUUGUAAUAUAACUGGUGUUUUUCAAAUAUAAGCUGAACACUGAAGGGAAAAGUC